AUGUCAAAAAACAACAAUAUCGCGAUGUCCGCCGAUAUCGCCACUGCUACGGAUGCAGCCAAGAACGACCAAGACAUGCCGAGACAUGCAGACGACGCCUCGUCUAUACUCAACGAAGAUGAUCGCGAUCUGCUGAAGCUGGGAUAUAAAUCUGUUUUGGAACGUGGAUGGGGCUCGUUUGAUAAUUUCGCCUGCUCCUUCUCCGCGCUGUACUGCGUUGGUGGAAUCCGCGUGCUUUUUUACAUCGCGUUAAGUGGUGGCGGACCGGCUGCGAUGUGGAGCUCUUGGGUCUCCGGUAGCAUCUUGUCCAUCAUCACCGCCGCUUGUCUCGCCGAAGCUUGUUCCGCGUACCCCGCCGCGGGAUCUAUCUACUACUGGGCUUUCCGAUCCUGGGGUGGUGGGCGUAUCGGUCGCUUCGUCUCGUUCUUGGUCGCAGCUUGGACGCUUGUUGCAUGGACGGCUUUUCUUGCCAGUGACUCCUUCGGUGUCGCCAACUACCUGGUGUCGGAGAUUUUAGUGUUCAACCCGAACACGAGCUUCCCUAUCGCCACUUCGGACGUUCGUGCGCGUGCAAUCGCCUGGGCAUUUUCGCUGGUAUUCCUGGGUAUUGCGACCUCGAUGAACUUCCUCCCGCCGCGAAUGUACUCGUGGGUGUUCCGUGCUGGUGUCAUUGUUAUCAUUAUCGAUAUGCUCCUCAACUUUAUCUGGCUCCCCAUUGGCGUGUCCAAGACAUACGGAUUCCAGUCGGCCGAGUAUGUUUUCACGUCAACAUAUAACGGUGGUGAAACCAGCCCUGGACUCAAUUGGGUCUUGUCUUGGUAUUUGGUCGGCAGCUGCCUCGUGGGCCAGGAUGCCUCGGGUCACGUCGCAGAAGAGACUAUCUCAGCCAAGAAGGCCGCUGCUAAAGGUGUUUUCUGGGCGACUGUCGCUUCAGCCUUGUGUGGUUUCCCCAUCAUUAUCCUGUUCCUGUUCUGCAUGCCGCCCAUCGAGACCUUCUACAACACCAGCGCUCCCCAGCCCUUCAUCAACAUGUAUGCAAUGGCGCUAGGACCCCGUGCGCAUGUUGUCAUGACCAUUGUCUCCAUGGUUGGCGCCAUUCUCAACACUUCCAUCUCGCUGGUCGCAGUGUCACGCCUUGUCUUUGCCGUGGCUCGCGACGGUGUCUUCCCGUUCAGUAACGUCCUUUGCCGGGUGUCAAAGUCAAAGCAGCCCCACAAUGCAGUUAUUUUCAUCGCAACCAUCGCGGCUCUUCUUCUUUGCACCCAGCUGCCCUCGCAGGUGGCCUUUUCCAGUCUGAUCUCAACCUCUGCUGCCGGCUCCAUCGCAGCCUACGGUCUUGUUGGUAUCGGUCGUGCCUUUAUCACGCGCAAGAAUUUCCGUGCCGGGUUCUGGGACAUGGGGAGAUUUGGUGUCGCGGCAGCCUUCAUUACAUUCAUCUGGAACGGAUUUGUGUUUGCGGUACUCUGCGCUCCGCAGUACUCGGACAGUUCAAUCGACAAAGAGUCCAGCUUGUUCAACUACGCAAUUGUCAUCAUGGGUGGUGUCACAAUCAUUGCGCUGGCCGAGUGGUGGCGCAAGUCCCAGGGUGAUUGGUUCCAGCACCUGAAGAUUGUCGACUCGGCCUCUGAGACCGAUGCCUCGUUCCAGCCGCGGGAAAAGGUUGCGUCAUCGGCCGAAGCAAACGCAGUUUGA